AUGACCGACCCCAAGAACACCACGGCGAGCCAGCGCUUGACGCAGAUAAAAGAUUUUCUUACGAUGAACAAGACCGCGACUACGAUACCUUGGGAUCCGGAUAGUACCAAGUUCCCAACAAGAAAGGAGCUGCCGCAGAUUCCGGGUGCUCCGCCGGAGGCCGCAUGGGUCUGGGGUGACAAUGACUACAUCGGCCGUCUCAACCUCCUAACGCCUACACGUGUAGCAGCGGCUGCAAGGGAGAUUAGAACUGGUGAAAUCGUUCCUGUGAACCUGCCUCUCAAUGUGCCCAAUGUGCCUGCAUUUGGCCGUGAGGUCUUUCAGCAUGAAAUCAAAACCUUGGCGGAAGGGCUUGCCUACGAUGAUGUGUACCACAUGAACACCCAAUCCGGUACACAGUGGGACGGUUUCCGACACUUUGCUCACAUGUCUAGCGGUUCAUUCUACAACGGCACCAAAGGAAGCGAUGUCACGGGUCCAAACGCUAACCACAAAUGCUCGAUCCAUCACUGGGCUGAACACGGUAUCGCAGGACGGGGUGUUCUUCUGGACUACCGGGGAUACGCGCACAAGAAAGGCAUCAACUACGACCCUUACGACUAUUACCCUAUCUCAUGGCAGGAUCUUUAUCAAUGCGGCCAGGACCAAGGGAUAGACAUUCGGCCCGCCGCUCAGGGCGGCGAUAUCAAGCCAGGAGACAUGCUUUUCAUUCGUAGCGGCUGGAAGGAAGCUUAUGACAACAAGAGUGAUGAAGAUCGAACCAAGGCUGCACUCCGACAUGGCUCGGGUAAAGAUGGCGAAGAUGGUCAGCGAUAUGCCGGAGUGAGCCAGGAAGAAAAGAUCUUAGACUGGCUUCACGACUCCUACUUCGCCUCGGUUGCUGGCGAUGCGCCGGCCUUCGAGGCAUGGCCUACACACGAGAACUACCAUCUCCACGAGUUCAUCCUCGCCCUCUGGGGAAUGCCGCUCGGCGAGAUGCUUGAUCUUGAGAAACUUGCGCAAACGUGUCGCGAGAAGAACAGGUGGUUCUUCUUCUUCACCUCUGCGCCAGCCAAUUGCCCUGGCGGAGUGAGCUCCCACGUAAACGGCACUGCAAUCUUUUGA